CUCAGCGAACUCGUCUACAUUAUCGCAGUCUUUGCCUCCUCCUCCUCGCGUCAAGAAGCCAUAUUGAUAAAGAUUGGAAUUCGUCAAAGGAGUGACGAGGAAGGGGUUGCGUCCAAGCUGGGUUGCCCUUGCUGCUUCCCGUCACUUGGCAAACGUGCCACGGCCAGUCUAGUUGACCGCAAUGGCCUCCAUAUCUGCGAGAAUGCUGCAAAGAAGUGCUUUCUCUUUGAUAAAAUACAGAAACAUCGAGUGUGUCAGAGUGCAUUGGUUGAGCUUCAGGAAAUUCGUCCUGGGUGGAAUGCGACUUUCAACCCUGCCGAGCCUCCUAACAGUAUAUGCAACCCCACAAUGGGGUGGCUUUCCGUUAGAGAACUCUGGGCAACAAAGUCUCGUCUAGUCUCGACGCAACCCCUCUGUCUAUUCAUGGAAGACGAUCGAGCUGCCAAAGCAGCACGUGCAAAGGCGUUGCUAAACAAGAGGCGUGCAAACAAAGCCCCUACUCCUGGCGCAAAUUCAACAGAGGCUUCAACACAAGCGCACCCCAGUCCACCAGGAUCCACAUACUCACCCUCAGUGGGAACACCGACGCCCGCUUCUCCCGCCGUAAAUACUGUAAAUCUCAAGGAGGAAGAACCUUCUAGCGGACCCACCAAUCACGAACGGCAAGCGUCGACAGAAUCACGGAGAGACUCUCGUUCAAAUGGACACGACCCAUAUGCAGCAUUGGUGCGAACACGGUCACCAAUAUCCUCACCCUCUGUCGAUGAAUCACCACUGCAAAGGCUGGUCCAAAAUCAACAGCAAACCAUUUCGCUUUUAGUAUCGGAAAAAGCAUCUCUUGCGGCGGCUUUGGAGAGGUUAGAAGGCCUAGACGAAAAAUAUGGUUCUGUCGCUGGUCAAUUAGAAGCGAGUAAAAGAGCUGCACAAACACUAGAGGGACGUUCUAGGGACCUAGAAAUCGAAUUAUCACGCGUCCAAAAACAAAACGAACAAUUCACGACAAAGGAUAAGGCUUCCGUAGAGGCUCUACGACAAAAGGAGAGAGAUCUAGAGUUGUCGCGAAAGGAGGCAGAAGACAUGAGGAAGAGAGCGGAUCAGCUAGAAACCAAACUGCGCGAUUUGCAGGAGCAAAUACAAGCAGAUGACCGAGUUGAACGAUUACAAGCAUCGCUCAAGAGCUCAGAAGAAAGAUCUCAAUCGUUGGAGACACAGCUGGCACGAACGAAGCAGGACGAGGCUAUUGCCAAGUUGAACAGUCUCAAGGCUGAAGAGGAGAAGCUGAGAUCGGAACAUCAGUCGCUCCAUGCGAUUGUCGACGAAUCCAAGGCGAAAAUUGACAGUCUUAGCGCAGAGCUAGAUUCCUUGCGGUCAGCUCACGAAGCUCUCAUCAAGGAGGCUAAAAAGCAUGCUAGCACAGUGGACGAACUCACCCGCAAGAUUUCGGUAGAAGGCGGUAAAUCGACCAUGCAAGAAAAGAAACUCAAAGCACUCCAAAACGAACUCGCAGCCGCUAAAAAGCAUGCUGAUGAGGCAGAGGCCGCCCACAAAAAUCUGCAAAAUGAGAAUGUGGGACUGAUGGCGUCGUUGAACGAGAUGCGACCCCGGUUGAUGCAGCUCACUGAGGAAAAGCUGAAUCUGACAGAGGCGAUCGAGAAGCUUGAGGAGGAUCGUCACGUCCACGAGAAAGCCGUGUCGGAUUUGGAAGUGACCAUCGAAGAGUUGCGGGCACGCUGCGAGACGUUAGAGGGCGAGAAGGCAAAGUUGGAAGGGUCAUUAGAGGCAGAACGAGAUGCCAUGGACCAAGACAUGGAGCGUCUACAACAGGCGCUGUCUCAAACCGAGGCCGAACUGCAGAGGACUGUCACGAGUGUGAAAGACCUCGAAACAGAAAGGGGAAUUCACAGACAAGCCGUCGAACGAUAUCAAAUCGAGAUGGAUAAGCUGGAUGCCGAACUUGCCGAUCUGCGAGCUCAGUACACGACAUUACAAGAUGACUUUGCCGCCUCUCAAAAUGCCCGGGAGCAAGAUGCAAACAUCCUGGAAGAAUCGCACGCCGUUGUCCAGCGGGCCAAUGCCGAAGUAGAAGCAUUACGCAACGAAGUGCUGUCGAAAGAGGAGGAGAUUGAACAGCUAAAGGCUGAAGCUGCGCACACGAAUACAAAACCUCAACGCGGUCAUCAGCGGAACCCGUCUCUGGAUAAUGAGAUGUUCGAGUCCGAUGGAACAUUUGAAUUAUCACAGGCAAGAUCUAGAAUCCGGAACCUGGAGACGACAAUAUUCCAGGAGCAGGCCAAGGCACACAAUCUCAGAAAGCAAGUCAAUUCGCUGGAGGAGGAGCUGCAUAGACUCCGCAGGACGUCUCGACCACAUCAAGUGACGCCGACGUUCCAAUCACCGGCAUUGUCACAUAAAGAUCUUCCGCUGGAAACUCCAUUGGACUCCGCCCUUCCCCCUGACGUCCGGCACAAGCGCAAAAUCAGUUUGAGUAUGCUUCGCGCUCGAAUAGAUGGCGAGGCCGCCUUGUCUCAUUCUGCUGGCGGGUUGGGAGCUUCUCCACGACCCUCCCUUGCGCGCAAUCUAUCAUCUUCAUUACACCCAAUGCAGGAAGAAGAAACCGAGACCGAGGCAGAUGAGAAGAUGCCGCUCAAGGCAGACCCCGGUCCGUCUGGGUCGAGUUCGCAUAUCGUCGUGCCACGAAUAGAACGAAGACGGCCACAAUUUUUAGACGACUCGCACGUCUUUUGGUGUAGUUGCUGUCGGGGAGACCUGGUUGUCCUCUAG